GAAACCCUGAAGUGGGGUCUCCCCGAACCUCAGACCUCCAUCACCCCGGGAACCAGAGCUCCUGCGUCCUCUCCUGCCCAGGCGAAGAUGCGCAGCCCGGCGAGGAGCCCAUCAAGUAUGGCGAACUCAUCGUCCUGGGGCGGGCGCCACUGGGCCUCCGAGGGCCGGCUGGCCGGAAGGACACGUGAGCCGGUUUCUGCCACGCACGUAAGCCAGUGCCUGGCCCGUCGCAGGUGUUCUGGGAGGCAGGCCUGUGCCCAGCCCUUUCAUGGACAUUAUUUCAUUUCAAUCUUCACCAAGAUGCUGUGAGGAAGGAGGUCUAAGCCACAGCCGAGAACGUGGCAGCCAGGAGCGAAGAAACGCCAGGAGCUGGUGGCUGGCGAGGCCUCCUCCCUUCCUGGCCAUCUCCUGCCCAGGACCCCUGCACCAGCCUCCUAGCGCCCCCCGCCCCCGCACCUCCUCCUCCCUGGCAGAGCCCUCUUCAUCCGCCUCCAUCCAGCCCCUCUUUGGCCUCUGACUCUGCCAUCUGUCGGGAGGAAAUAUCCAACAAGCUUUGUUACCACGAUGUUAAUUAUUUAGAAAUAAUAAUGGCUGCUGUUGGCUGAUACACAGAGGCAAUGUGCUAUUAUUUUGAAUAAUAACCGCCCACAAUUAUCACGGGACAGCGACAGAGUGCCAGUCUCACUGCCACGUACCCCGAAUGCUUUCUUCUUCUUUAUUUUUAUUUUUCCCGUCCACACUCGGCAGUGCUCACUCGGUGCUUACUCCUGGCAUUGUGCUCAGGGGUCACUCCUGGAUCCCUCGGGGGACCACCUAGGAUGCUGGGGAUUGAAUCCGGGCCAGCCGCGUGCCAGGCAAGCGCCCUCCCCCCUGUCCUAUCAUAUCGCACCGGCCUGAAAUGAACACCUUGCCUCAUUCUCACGAUGAAUCUGCCUGGCAAAUAGGUCCCAGCUUACAGAGGCCGUUUCCCCUGGGCUAGAAGUGGAAGAGGCAGGAGCUGAGUGAGGCCCUGUCGGGUCCCGAGCUGUGUCUUGACUCACCCCAGUUUUCUCUGGUGGGAAGAGCUUACCAGGGCACAGCAGCCCCUCCUCCAAGCAGCUGCUGGUGGUUUCAGAGACAAGUGUCUGCGGGACACCAUGGACACAGGGCACAGGUGCCAGACUGGCCACCAGGUGUCUGCAGAGCUGGGGAACCCUGGCCGGGCUGCACAGGUGCAAAACUCACCAGUGAGUCCCUCCCGCACGCACAGAACCAGAAUCCACCAGGAGACUCCAAUGUUUAGCAGUGUUUGGAGAUUGCUCAUCCCCGGCCUCCCGGCUCCCGAACCUUCCAUGACUCCUCCGUACUCACACAGUGUCUACACUUCACACACUGGGCCCCCUUCCACCCGAAUCUUCUUCCCUGGUGGCCUUUUUGCAUGCCCCGUGCCCAACCCCUGCCAGCCUCUGGGCCUGGUGCCUGGCGAGCCUCCGUCUUGCAGAGUCAGGCAGGCCUGAGUUCAAAUCUGCAUUUUCUCCCUCAACUUACCCGGGACCUCAGGCAAGUCAUUUUUACCUCCCUGAGCCUCGACUUUCCUCCUCGUAAAAUGGGCAGAGGACCAGUUGCGUGCAGGACACUGCCCAGAUGCCAUUAGAUAAUCGAUGGCGUGAAGCUCCAGGAACAGGAGGCUCGGAUCUGGAUCCGGAUUCGGGCAGCGAUCAAGGCUGUGUGACUCACCAGGUCUUGCCUCUCUCGCUCCAUUCCCUCAGGACGGGACCGGAAAGGCAGUUGAUCUGUGUGGCAUCUACAGCUACAAUGGGUGUCUGGCAAGUGGGGACAAGGGCCGCCGGCGAAGCCGCCUGGCGCUGAGCCGCCGGCCACAUGCCAACGGAGUGAAGCCAGACGUCAUGCACCACAUCUCCACCCCGCUGGUGUCCAAGGCGCUGAGCAACCGGGGCCAGCACAGCAUCUCGUACACGCUGUCGCGGAGUCACUCAGUCAUAGUGGAGUACACGCACGACAGCGACACAGACAUGUUCCAGAUCGGCCGUUCCACGGAAAACAUGAUCGACUUCGUGGUGACGGACACCUCCCCCGGGGGCGCGGCCACGGAGGGCCCUUCGGCCCAGAGCACCAUCUCGCGCUACGCCUGCCGCAUCCUGUGCGACCGCCGGCCGCCCUACACCGCCCGCAUCUAUGCUGCUGGCUUUGACGCCUCCAGCAACAUCUUCCUUGGAGAACGGGCGGCCAAAUGGCGGACCCCCGACGGCCUGAUGGAUGGCUUGACCACCAAUGGGGUGCUGGUCAUGCACCCCGCGGGAGGCUUCGCGGAGGACUCGGCGCCCGGCGUCUGGCGGGAGAUCUCGGUGUGCGGGAACGUGUACACGCUGAGGGACAGCCGCUCCGCCCAGCAGCGGGGGAAGCUGGUGGAGAGCGAGUCCAACGUGCUGCAGGACGGUUCCCUGAUCGACCUGUGCGGGGCCACGCUGCUGUGGCGCACGCCGGCCGGGCUGCAGCGGGCGCCCACGCUGAAGCAGCUGGAGGCGCAGCGGCAGGAGGCCAACGCGGCGCGGCCGCAGUGCCCGGUGGGCCUCAGCACCCUGGCCUUCCCCAGCCCGGCCCGCGGCCGCACGGCGCCCGACAAGCAGCAGCCCUGGGUCUACGUCCGCUGCGGCCACGUCCACGGCUACCACGGCUGGGGCUGCCGGCGCGAGCGGGGCCCCCAGGAGCGCGAGUGCCCGCUCUGCCGCCUCGUGGGGCCCUACGUGCCCCUGUGGCUCGGUCAGGAGGCCGGCCUCUGCCUGGACCCCGGGCCGCCCAGCCACGCCUUCGCGCCCUGCGGCCACGUGUGCUCCGAGAAAACUGCCCGCUACUGGGCGCAGACUCCACUGCCCCACGGCACGCACGCUUUCCACGCCGCCUGCCCCUUCUGCGGGGCCUGGCUCACAGGCGAGCACGGCUGCGUCCGCCUCAUUUUCCAGGGCCCGCUGGACUAGGCGCCCCAGCACCCCCGCUGCCGCCCGCCCGUCCAGGCCCCCCCCCCACUUCCUGCAGCCUACAGGGAGCUCUGCAUGUGGAACUCUCGAUCUGCCGACCACAGCCGCUCCGGAGGGAGACAGCGAAUGGGCCCCCCUCUAAACUCCGGUCUCCCCGGGGGUCCCUGAGACCCCAGUCCCGGUCUAAAUGAUGGGGCCCUCUGCACCAGCUGUCCCGGGUGCAUGGGGGGGGGGAAAGCCCACCUCCCUGCCCCGCCACAUCCUGCCGCCCACACUGUGCCCGUGGGGGAGUGAAGGGGCACGGUCCCUGAUCCCCAGCUUAGUCUGGCUGUGCCCGAGCCUGCCCGGACCCUCGCCCUGCUGCCGCCCCGGGUUCCUCUAUAAACCGUGCUGCUCGGCUGCCCUCA